UAUCUUGCCUCUUCAUGGCGUACUCUCCAAUUCUUUGUGGUAGAUAAUUAAUACUUAGACUAACACAAUGGCUGGAGAACAUCGUAGAUCAACCGUGGCGCAGUUCUUCGAGGAGGAAGAUGAUGCAGCACUGGAAAGCACAUCUACAUAUGACAGGGUUGUUGAUCUUAUCAACAAGGCUUCUUUGAUGCAGAAGGAUGCCCAGAAAAUAAACAAUCUGAAACAGGUACAAGAGCUGAUUAUUCAUAAGGAGCCUAAUUUAUUAGACAAUUUUCUAGAUGAAAUGCUGGCAUUCCAGAGUGAUAGAACAGUAGAAGUGAGAAAAUUUGUCAUCAGCUUUAUGGAGGAAGCAUGUAAGAAGGACAGAGAGUUGCUGCCAAAGAUCCUUCCCUGUUUGCAACUAUUGUUGGAGGACGAGAAUGUCAACAUCCAGAAAAAAGUCAUCCUGGUCAUGUCUCAAGUUUACAAAUGUGUCCUCCAGUGGAUGUGUAAUGCCAAAGGCAUCAGUGAUGAGAGGACUUAUGUGUGGGAGAUGGUCAAAAGUAUGAAGGCCAAAAUACUGGAGAUGGCAGAUUCAGAAAAUGAUGGUGUGAGGACUCAUGUGGUGAAAUUCUUGGAAGGCAUGGUGAUGAUACUUUCUGUAACAACACCGGAUUCUGAGUUUCCAAAGAAUUUCAAAGCAGAGACUGACAUCAACCUAAGCAUUAUUCCAGAAGAUAGUGACAACAAAUAUCUCAAGGUCAAACGUAUGGAAGAUGAAGGCAGAAACAUUUUUGAGACUAUGUUACACUUCCAAGCUUCUGCACACAUAUCUAGCAUCAACCUUAUGACCGUUAUGGGCAGUAUAACUGCCAUAGCCAAGCAGAGGCCAACAUUCUUUGGCAAAGUUGUUCAGGCAUUUGAAUCUCUUCAAGUAAACUUGCCACCAACACUGGCCAAGUCCCAAGUGAGCAGUGUAAGGAAAAACCUGAAGAUGCACAUGUUGUCGUUGCUGAGACAUCGCUGCUCUGGUGACUACAUGACACAGAUCACAACUCUCUUGACAGAUCUGGGUGCCACAAACUCUGAGGUGAUGAAGGCCAUGCCGAAAAUAGAUGAAAGCAAGAAGAGGAAAGCUGAGGAGUCCACACAAGUGGCCAAAAAAGCCAAAAUAGAGGAGGUGGAGAUUGAUGAUGAUGAUGUUGGUAUGACACCAUUUGUGGAUAGAACGACAACAAAGGCUCCUCCUACAGUUAAACAGCAGUCAACAGCUAUUGACAUCACCUCGGAAGACCUGGAGUCUAGACUCAGCACACAGAACGUGGCUGAUCUUGUUCUCAUCAGUAUGGUGAUGUUACCAGACACCAUGCCAGCCCACUUUCAGUCCACCUACACCCCUAUAGCUGCUGCUGGCACUGAGGGACAGAUCAAGCACAUAGCAAGGCUUCUGUCCACCCAACUCACCACUGCUGGCAUGGGCAAAGGAGUGGCUGAAACACAAGCACAGACUGAAGAAGAUGAGGAGGCAGGUGGUGAAUCUCCAGCCUAUCAGCCAUCCUCUCCAAAACAACUAAUACAGACAGUUGUGGGAGGAUUAACAGAUGAUUUACCAGCACUUGCCAGCUCUAGUAAAUCAAUGCAGCCUCCACCUGCUCCUGUUCGUCGUGGCAUCAAACAAUUCAAGUUAAGUAGUGUGACCCAGGAACUUAAUCGGGAUGACCUUGACCAAAUGACUAUUAGUGCUGUGGGCAGGAUUCUCAGUGCAGAAAAAAGUGCUACACAAGGCAAUGUCCUGCCAGCCAGAACCAAGCUAUUAGCUGGGCUUACAUCACAGUUUGGCGGAGAGCUCAGAGAUCUUCUUGAGGAAUACAUCUUCGAAGACUUGCGGUCGAGAUUUGAUUUAGCAUUUGCCUGGCUUUACCAGGAAUAUGCUAAUUGUAUGGGCUUCUGCGCCCCGUUGAUGAAACUGGAAAAACCAUCCCUGGCAAGUUAUGAUGAAUGUCUCACGCGACUUCUAAAUGGUCUACUGACUAGAGUGGAACUAAAGGAAGGGUUUUUCCAGCGAGUGUUGAUCGAAGCUCCGGCUGUGACAGACAAUGCUAUUCUGAUAUUGAAGAAGUAUUGUUUGGAUGAGAAUCGUGUGGUGGCAGGUAUGAACACACUAAAGGAACUUAUCCUGACACGACCUGUUCACCGACAUCGCUUUCUCAACGUCAUGCUGGAAUCAUGUUCACAUGAUAAACCAGAGGUGAGAACAACAGCUAUCCGCUUCACCAAGAAAUUGUAUGAGAAACCGCAAAUUGCUACACAUAUAGAGGACUAUGCCUCUAAGAUGUUGAAAUAUCUACUUCUGCCUAAGCCGCCGAGUGAAAUGUUUCCUCGAUCCAGAUCAGGUGAUUUGCCACAGUCUUGGAUUGAGGACAUCAUUAAAAUGUGUCUCUACCUAUAUCUAGGUCUUCUGCCCAGCAACCACAAACUUAUCCAUGAAUUGGCUGUUGUAUACACAUCUGCAACUGCUGAUAUAAAGAGGACAAUUCUUCGUGUGUUAGAGAACCCAGUGAAAGGUAUGGGAAUGCAGUCUCCAGAACUCCUUUUGCUUGUGGAGAACUGUCCAAAGGGUGCAGAAACUCUGGUGACCCGAGUCAUACACAUCCUAACAGAUAAAGCUGCUCCAUCACCAGAGCUUGUGGAGAGAGUACGAGAUCUGUACCACAAACGUGUGCCUGAUGUCCGCUUCCUUAUUCCUGUACUCACAGGCUUACACAAGAGAGAAGUGAUACUGGCUCUGCCCAAACUUAUCAAACUGAACCCAGUGGUAGUUAAGGAAGUAUUCAACAGACUGCUGGGAGGCCAUGGUGAAACCAGUUUCACAUCCCCCCUCACACCAGCUGAGCUGUUAAUCUCCCUCCACAACAUUGAUCCCAACAAGUGUGAUAUGAAGACAAUCAUCAAAGCUACCAACCUGUGUUUUUCGGAGAAGAAUGUCUACACACAGGAGGCCCUGGCUGUGGUGAUGAAGACUCUGAUGGAACAGUCACCUCUACCUACGCUGUUUAUGAGGACAGUGUUACAGUCUCUGUCUAUGUACCCACGUCUCUUAGGCUUUGUACUUAACAUUCUACAGAGGUUGAUUACCAAACAGGUUUGGAAACAGAAACGUGUUUGGGAAGGCUUCAUCAAAUGCUGUCAGAGAACCAAGCCCCAGUCCUUCCAGGUCCUGCUGCAGCUUCCAUCACUCCAGUUGAAAAGUGUUUUUGAGAGCUGUCCAGAAUUACGUGAACCUCUACUCAAUCAUGUCAAAUCCUUCACAGAACACCAGAUCACACAUAUACCCAAGGCAAUCAUGACUGUCCUGGAGAAAGACCCUCUAGAGGAGCAGCAGAAACAAGCCCAAAAGGAGAACAUGGCAGCUGAAGCCAGGAGAAUGGCUGAGGCAAAGAAUAGCUCAGGCCCUCCUGAGAUCCUGGUACAGGUCAGACAGGAACCAAUGGAAAUGCAGGUAAUACAGACAGUCGGUACAGUUUCACAUGACCAGCAGGCUGCUGAGAAAGCCAAACAGGAUGCUGAAAGGAGGAAAACAGAGCAAGCUAAAAGGGAAGCAGAAGAUAGAGAGAGGGAGGCAUUGGCUAAAAAGGCUGCCCAGGAGAAAGCUGAGGCAGAGGAGAAGGCGAGAAUUGCUGCGGAGCAGAAGGCAGAGAGGCAACGACUGGAGGCAGUGAGAGCUGCAGAAGCUGAAGCCAUGGUUGCCAGAGCUUUGGCAGAUGUAGAGAUGGCCGAUGAGGACCCAGACUCGCCUGAAAAUGCCCUGGCCAUAGCAGAGGAUGAACUCAUGGACAUGUCCCAGACCUCAGAGUCAGCAGAACUGUCACAGGAUACAGAGGAAGAGGAGAAACCUGCUGGUGAGACAGAGGAGGAAGAGGCAGUGGAAGAAGGGGAGACAAUUGAGGAGGGAGAAACUGUGGAAGAAGGGGAGGCAGUUGAGGAGGGUGAGGCUGUGGAGGAGGAGGAAGAGGAAGUCAAGACCACAAAAUCAAAAAUGGUUCGUCGUGGUAGAGCAAAAGCAUCCUCACGGUCAGCAAGCAAAUCAACCUCAGCACCUGUAAGGAAAAGUUCCAGGACAAAGAGAUAAAGACAAUGUUUCUUGUGUCAUUUCAUUUGGAAAUAUGUUACAAAAAAUACUCUAGUGAAGACCUUGGAUUAAAAGAAAAAAACAUAAAACAAAACAAAAAAGACAACGACAAAAUAUCAAAGUCUUGUAACAUUAACAAUGAACAAAAAUGCAACAAGGUAACAAUACCAUUCUCCAGGACAAACAGUCAAAAGAUCUUAAAGAUCCAUUACGGGAAAUAACAAAAUACUGCAUAACUGUAACUGUGAAAUAAAGAGACAUGUGUAUAAGAUAUCCUUUCAAAGAUUGCAAAAAUUGCAAACUUUUUAUCCAUGUAAAUUACCAGAUAAAUGACAUUCAAUUUCCAUUUGGGGAACAAGUUUCAUGAUGAAGGAGGAAUGAGAAACAAACCAGGCACCAUGAAAUCUUAAAGGAAGAAACUAGUGACAUUACAAAUCAUGCUUAAUUCUCUUAGUGUGUUUGCUUAGUUUUCAUUGUAACAUCACAUCCAAGUUUAACACAGUGUGUAGUGUUUGUUUAUUGCUUAGUACAAAAUGUACUGGUCCAGAUUAGUCCCCAAUAUAACAUUUGCUGUCCUUGAAAAGUCUACUCUUGACAUUGCUAAAAUUGAUAUGAGCUGCAUGUCAGCUGUGAUUAAUGUUACAGAUAUUUAUCUUAUGGUCUACCUGACAGAAGAAGUGCCAAGUAUUAUACUUGUGAGCUUCAGCUGAAAAAAAAAACCCUUGAUCGACAUAUUGUUUAUUCCCAUAUACAGUUAUAUCAUGAGUCACAUCACCGUAAUUAACCUCAUGGCUAAAUGUCUGUUUCAAUGACAGAAGAUAUUUUUAUGUGUUGUUGGUACGAAAUAUUUGUAUAAUCGUACUGUGCUGUCAUCAUGUGAGAAAAUCAGACGAAGAUGUCAUUAAUAAAUGUCAUUUUUAAUGUAA